ACAAGAAACACAAAUGUUAAAACCAGAUGUUAAAAAUUCAAUAAUGCGUAGAAUUUAUCAUAAUCGGUGUAGAGAAAAUCUCUCAGAAAAGAAAAACCUGGUUUUCCCUUUGGUCUCUGCGUAGUCUAUUCAUGUUCGUCUUAAAGUGUUUCUGCGCCUUUUCCAUCCUUGGAUUAUCCGCCGGGACCGUGUUCGUCGAAGACCUUUUGUACCCGGACUUCGAGCAGAGGCGGGUCGACAUCGAAGACAGGUUGGCCUUCGCGGAGAUACCAUCGGAAAAGCGGGAAGUUUCCAUCUCCCCUUUCGAAAAGAACGCUGAAGAAUUCGGCGACGCGUACGACUAUUUAGAAAACCUGGACGAUGCUUAUUUCAAAGAGCCCAUAUCUUACGACUCCUACGAUGAAAGUUACAAUCCUUACUUGAGAAAAACGAGACAGAAGGCCGGCCAGAUCGAAAGGUCCAGAAUGGGGCGUCUACGCGACAAACUCUUCUCGAAGAGAAAACACAAAAAUAAAUUCAGCAGCUAUAAAGGAAGUGUAAAAGAUCAACCGUCUGCGAACUCGAACGAUGAGAAAAAGGAAAACUUGUCCAAACCUCGACAUUCCGACGUCAUACCAGGUUUAAACGAAAUAAGUAUGUGAAAAGCAUUAAACCCAGAUUUAAAUGCCAACAUAUUUUUACAAAAAGGAAACUGUUUUUACUACA